UUACCUAAGAUUAUCGUUGGAGAAACUGCAGUGUUUUGUCUACAGUUAGCUACAAAGGAUUUUGAAAACCAAGAAAAAACAAUAUUAACUGGAGACUGUUGUUAUAUAAAUCCACUGGUGCGCAGGACCAUCAGAUUCCUUGGAAUUUACGCAUUUGGACUGUUUGCUACGGACAUCUUUGUAAAUGCCGGACAAGUAGUAACAGGGAAUCUUGCACCACAUUUUCUUGCACUUUGUAAACCCAACUAUACAGCACUUGGAUGUAAACAGUAUACACAAUUCAUCAGUAGCGUACAUGCCUGUACUGGAAAUCCAGACCUUAUCAUGAAAGCCAGAAAGACAUUCCCAUCCAAAGAAGCAGCUCUAAGCAUAUAUGCAGCUAUGUAUCUGGCUAUGUAUAUCACCAACACAGUAAAAGCCAGAGGAACAAGGCUUGCAAAACCUGUUCUGUGUUUGGGCUUAAUGUGCUUGGCCUUCCUUACUGGAAUCAACAGAGUAGCAGAGUAUCGAAAUCACUGGUCAGAUGUAAUAGCAGGAUUUAUAAUUGGAAUAUCUAUAGCAGUAUUUUUGGUUGUUUGUGUGGUAAAUAACUUCAGAGGACGUCAACCAGAACAUGAACAUUCUCAUAUGGAUAAUCCGGCCCAGAUGCCCGUGAUCAGCAUACCCCGAGUAGAAAGCCCUUUAGAAAAGAACCACAUCACGGCCUUUGCAGAAGUCACAUGAUGUUGACGCUGAUGUAUAUGCACUCCAUUGGACUUCAUCUCUUUUCACAGCCCACACACGAUAAUUGCAGUAUAUCAAAAAUAAGAAAUUUUUAGAAGUCCUAUUUCUGACUUGAUUUUUACGUCAUUAAAAUGAUACCAACAUUUUGAAGAAUUCUUUAAUAUUAGAACGUCACUUUACUUUCUAGCAAAAAUAUUAACUGUUUACUUUUUGAUGGAAUGGGACAAACUGAGCACUACUUACAUUUAUCUGACAGUACCCUCUAUUUUCGGUUUUCAUUGUUUUUAAUGGUUCAUGUACCUAUUCCAAAAGUACUUCAUAUUUUGAUUUGACUUUUGAGUUUUAAAAUCUACAUUUUUAAUUCAGCAUGAACUUGUUUCCAUUUGAGGCGAUUUCAGUGUAUAAAAACUAGGCAAAUAUUAUGUUCUGUAUGAAAAUGCUGUUUGCACAUUGUAUUACGCUGUAUUCCAUGUAAGAUAUCAUUCAAACAGUAUGUUAUAUGUAAGACUGGUGCUUCUGCUUUUGAAGAGAAAAAAAUGCCAAUUUUUACUGUAAUAAGUAUUGUAUCAUAAUUAAAAGUUUAUUUAUUUGGAUAUUUUCCUGACAUAAUUGUAGUUGAAUCGUUGUUUUGUAGUUCUUGAAUGUCUUGGAUGAUAUAUAUGUAUCUAGGUUAAAAGAAAUGAAAAUAAUAUAGAAAGUUUGAUCAUUGAUAUAUUCUUUAUUACUAAUGAUAGCCCCUGAAAGGUUAAGGGUUCCGUUCUUAGCUCAGCUUAUCUGAUGGGAAGCCGUGCUAUUCAUACAUC